AUGUCUCUGAACCGGGUCCACACGGACACGGACCAGUCAGCGGAGUACUCCACGGAGUACUCGGUGCAGGUCCCCGGGGAGCACGCGGCGGCGCGGACCCGGGAGGUGACCGUGCUGCGGUCCGGCUGCGGCCGCUGCCUGCCGCGCUCCGUGCGCCUCAGCUUCACGCCGGACUCGCUGGAGAGACUCUACCAGAGCUACUUCCGGCGGCAGCGGCAGGAGAACCUGCCGGUGCUGGCGCUGUUCGCGGCUCUUUUCAACAGCUUCAUCAUCGUCAUGUGCGCGGUGGUGUUCACGCGGGAGCGGCUGGCGAUGCUGCUGGUGGCGGCGGCGGCGCUGGCUGCGGACGCGGCGCUGUACGCGCUGUGCCUGCUGCGCAAGCUGCCGGCCUCCCCGGUGUCCCGCGGCGCGGUGCCGUACGUGCUGUGGCUCAUGGUCACCGUGCAUGUGCUGUGCUACAUGGCGCUCAACUACGAGCGCUUCCCGCAGGCCAGCGACUCGGUGGGCUGGCAGGCGUUCUUCAGCUUCUCCAGCUUCCUGACGCUGCCGCUCAACCUGGCGGCGCUGGUGCUGCUCAGCGCGCUCUCCUGCUCGAUCCACACGCUGGUUCUGGGGGUCACCGUGGCGCAGGGGUUCCAGGACGAGCUGCAGGGGCCCAUGCUGGUCAGACAGCUCCUGGCCAACAUCAUGCUGUACCUGUGUGCCGCCAUGGUGGGCGUCAUGUUCUACUACAUGGCCGACAGGAAGUACAGGACGGCCUUUCUGGAAGCUCGACAGUCGCUGGAGGUCAAACUGACUCUGGAGGAGCAAAGCACCCAGCAGGAGGAGCUGCUGCUGUCCAUCCUGCCCAAACACAUCGCUGACGAGAUGCUGCAGGGGAUGAAGAACCAGGCCGACCAGAACGAGGUCCAGCAGCAGCAGCAGCAGUUCAACACCAUGUACAUGUACCGCCACGAGAACGUCAGGUACGUCCGGGAGAAGACGAGGACGGAGGUGGACAUGCGAGUUGGCGUCCACACCGGCACCGUCCUCGGAGGCGUCCUCGGACAGAAGCGCUGGCAGUUUGACGUCUGGUCCACCGACGUGACUGUGGCCAACAAGAUGGAGUCUGGAGGGAUUCCUGGGAGAGUCCACAUUUCUCAGACCACCAAGGACAGUCUGCACGGGGAGUUCGACCUGGAGGAUGGAAACGGUGGAGAGCGGUGCGAGUACCUGCUGGAGAAAGGCAUCGAGACCUACCUGGUUCUGGUUCCCAAGCAGCCAGCAAAGGGCCUCAAUGGAAACACGCCUGCAACGCUCACCAACAGAAACUCAAACCAGCUGAUCAACACCACAGCGACCAACGGGAACACGCCUGUGUCCCACCGGUCCACGCCCACCGAGUCCAAACAUGAGAGGAACAAGAUGGUGGAAGAACAGGUGAUCAACAGGCGACUGCAGCAGGAGCUGCUGGAGAGAGAGACGCAGCAGAUAAUGAAGGAUCACCAGAUCAACUCGGUGUCGCUGCGCUUCCUGGAUGUGAAGCUGGAGGAGCUUUACUCCUCAGAGAAGGAGAGACGAAGCGGAGCUGCUUUCUGCUGCUGCAUCAUCGUCCUCUUCUUCAUCACGGCCAUGGAGGUCUUCAUCGACCCGCUGCUGGUUGUGAACUACGUGACUCUGGCGGUCGGUCAGGUUCUGCUGUUGAUCCUCACCGUUUGCUCGCUGGCGGCCAUCUUUCCUCGGAUGUUUUCCAAGAGGUUGGUUUCGUUCUCGAUGUGGAUCGAUCGAACCCGCUGGGCCAGAAACACCUGGGCCAUGGCGGCCAUCUUUGUCCUAACCAUGGCUGUGAUCGCCGACAUGCUGAGCUGCGCCCCUCCGUCCAUCUGGGUCUCCAACAGAACCUCCGGCCCGACGCUGGAGUCGCUCAGCGAUCACGGCUGCGCGGAGAACCCGAAACACUACAGCUUCAUGGCGGUGAUGUCGCUGAUGGCCACGGCCAUGCUGGUGCAGGUCAGCCACCUGAUCAAGCUGGGCCUCAUGGUGCUGGUGGUCACGGCCAGCGGGGCGGUCAACAUCUACAGCUGGAGGGACAUUUACGACCUGUACGACUACAUGCAGUCCAGCUCGUACAGAGCCUCCAUGGUUCCCUCCAAGUACCUGAUGACCGUGAUGAUCAUCGUCAUGAUGAUCUGCUUUUACGUCUUCGCUCGACACCUGGAGCAUCAGUCCAGGAAGCUGUUCCUGUGGAAGAUCGGCGUUCACGACCAGAAGGAGCGAGUGUUCGAGAUGCGCCGCUGGAACGAGGCUCUGGUCACCAACAUGCUGCCCGAACACGUGGCCAAACACUUCCUGGGCACCAAGAAGAGAGACGAGGAGCUGUACAGUCAGUCCUACGACGAGAUCGGCGUGAUGUUCGCCUCCAUCCCGAACUUCUCCGACUUCUACACCGAGGAGAGCAUCAACAACGGAGGCAUCGAGUGUCUCCGCAUCCUCAACGAGAUCAUCUCGGACUUCGACAGCUUGUUAGACAGAGACGAGUUCCGGUGCAUCACAAAGAUCAAGACGAUAGGAAGCACCUACAUGGCAGCUUCAGGACUGACGCCGGAAAGCAACACCAACGGAUACAGCAGCCGCAAGCUGGAGCACCAGUCCCUGAUGGAACACUGGCAGCACCUCGCCGCUCUCGCCGACUUCGCCUUGGCCAUGAAAGUCACCCUGAACAACCUCAACAAGCAGUCCUUCAACAACUUCAUGCUGCGGAUCGGUCUGAACAAAGGAGGAGUUCUGGCCGGAGUGAUCGGAGCUCGUAAACCUCACUACGACAUCUGGGGCAACACGGUGAACGUGGCCAGCAGGAUGGAGUCGACCGGCGUGAUGGGAAACAUCCAGGUGGUGGAGGACUGCUGCAACAUCCUGAAGGAGUACGGCUUCCGCUUCAUCCGACGAGGGCCCAUAUUCGUCAAGGGCAAAGGGGAGCUGCUCACCUUCUUCAUGAAGGGCAAAGACAAACCCAGUAGAAGCGCCGACCCGGUGACCACUGCCCUCCCGCACCAAGUUGGGGAGCUUUCGUGACAAUUUUUUCUUCUUUUUCAAAAUGUCAAUGCCGCACAGGUAGACUAAGCAGGAAGUCAGUUUUGCUCCGUUUCUCACGUGUGAGGUGCGAUCGAAAAGUUCAAAGACUGUAAACGUUAAAAACUCUCCAUCCCCGCCGAAAACUUUUCCUGGCGUGGUGACGCUCUGCUCCAAGUGCUCCUGGUUCAAGCAGCUGAUUCUGAGGGGAUCAGAACUGGGUUUGUUUUUCAUAUGGCGUAAUCCACAGUAGAACUCUGGUCACCUGAGCCGUAACAGUUAUUGUUGCUCAUGCAUGACCAUCGGCAGUCCCAGAACUUUUUGAUCACACCUCAUAUACAGU